AGCACGGCGAGGACCGCGGGGCACAGCUGGGGACGGCUGCCCCUCUUUCCCGCAGUGCUGACCCCGCAGUCGUCCUCCACUGGGGCUCGGGCCGCCCUGGCCGGGGAUGGCGGCGGCGGCCGAGCCCGGGGCCCGCGCCUGGCUUGGCGGCGGCUCCCCGCGCCAGGGCAGCCCGACCUCCAGCCCGGAGCUGGGCGCCGGAAGCCGCUCGCGGUCGGGGCCGGGGUCCGGGCCGGGGUCGGGGCCGGGGUCCGGGCCAGGGUCGGGGCCGGAGCGGGCGGGCGCUAGGCCCCUGGGCCCCGCCGCGCCGGGUCACAGCUUCAGGAAGGUGACGCUCACCAAGCCCACCUUCUGCCACCUCUGCUCCGAUUUCAUCUGGGGGCUGGCCGGCAUCCUGUGUGACGUCUGCAACUUCAUGUCCCACGAGAAGUGCCUGAAGCACGUGAAGACCCCGUGCGCGAGCGUGGCACCCAGCCUGGUCCGCGUCCCCGUGGCCCACUGCUUCGGCCCCCGGGGGCUCUACAAGCGCAGGUUCUGCGCCGUGUGCCGAAAGAGCCUGGAGGCGCCCGGGGUUCGCUGCGAAGUGUGUGAGCUGCACGUUCACCCCGACUGUGUGCCCUUCGCCUGCAGCGACUGCCGCCAGUGCCACCAGGACGGGCACCGGGACCACGACACGCACCUCCACCACUGGCGCGAGGGAAAUCUGCCCUCGGGCGCGCGCUGCGACGUCUGCCGAAAGACUUGCUGCUCGUCCGACGUGCUGGCCGGCGUGCGCUGCGAGUGGUGCGGCGUCCAGGCCCACUCGGUCUGCUCCGCGGCUCUCGCCCCCGAGUGCACUUUCGGGCGCCUGCGCACCAUGGUCCUGCCGCCGGCGUGCGUGCGCCUGCUGUCCCGCAACUUCAGCAAGAUGCACUGCUUUCGCAUUUCCGAGAGCCCGGCCCCUGAGCCCGGGGAGGGAGAAGACAGCGCGGACGGAAGCUCCCCCGCCGGCCCAGGGAGAGAGGUGAUGACGCUAGAGUCCAGCAAGCAGACUCUGAAGAUCUUUGACGGCAACGACGCAGUGCAGCGAAACCACUUUCGUGCCAUCACCGUCCCCCGCCUGGCCAAGAGUCAGGAGGUGCUGGAGGUGGCGCUGCGGGCCUACUACAUCACGGAGGACCCUCAGGGCUUCCAGCUGCAGGCGCUCCCUGCACCUGCUCUGGCUGGCAACACCGGGGCCUCAGGAAAGGCCUGGAGCGGUGGGACCACCGAGGAGGAGGGCAGUAGAGGCCCAGGGGCCCGAGACGCUCCCAGCAUCACUCGUGUUCCCGAGGCCUGGAUCAUUCGCGCUCUGCCCCGCACCCAGGAGGUCCUGAAGAUCUACCCUGCCUGGCUCAAGGUGGGUGUGGCCUACGUGUCCCUGCGUGUGACCCCGCAGAGCACUGCCCGGACUGUGGUGCUGGAGGUCCUCCCACUGCUCGGACGCCAGGCCGAGGGGUUGAAGAGCUUCCAGCUGGUGGAGGUACUCAUGGGCAGCAGGCAAGUCCAGCGCACGGUGCUGGCGGACGAGGAGCCUUUGCUCGACCGGCUUCGUGAGAUCCGGCAGACGUCCCUGCGGCAGAUGAGCCAGACGCGGUUCUAUGUGGCUGAGAGCAGAGUGGUGGCCCCGCGCGUCUCUCUGUUCGUGGGUGGCCUGCCCCCUGGCCGGUCCCCCCAGGAGUAUAGCAGUCUGCUGGACGAGGCUGUGGCCAGCAAAGCUGGCCUGGUGUCCGUGAGCCACGUCUACUCCGCACAAGGUGCCGUGGUGCUGGACGUGGCCUGCUUUGCGGAGGCCGAGCGGCUGUACAUGCUGGUCAGGGACACGGCUGUGCACGGCCGGCCGCUGACCGCUCUGGUGCUCCCGGACGUGCUGCACCUGAAGCUGCCCCCACACUGCCGCCCCCUGCUGGUGUUUGUGAACCCCAGAAGCGGAGGCCUCAAGGGCCGCGACCUGCUCUGCAGUUUCCGGAAGCUGCUCAACCCCCACCAGGUCUUUGAGCUGACCAACGGGGGGCCGCUGCCCGGGUUCCACGUGUUCUCCCAGGUGCCCUGCUUCCGGGUGCUGGUGUGUGGCGGGGACGGCACCGUGGGCUGGGUGCUUGAUGCCCUGGAGGAGAUGCGGCACCGCCUGGCUUGCCCAGAGCCUGCCGUGGCCAUCCUGCCCCUGGGCACAGGGAAUGACCUUGGCCGGGUCCUCCGCUGGGGGGCGGGCUACAGUGGAGAGGACCCGUUCUCCGUGCUGGUGUCGGUGGACGAGGCGGACGCCGUGCUCGUGGACCGCUGGACCAUCCUGCUGGACGCUCAUGAGGCCGGCAGUGGGGAGAACAGCGUGGCAGACGCGGAGCCCCCCAAGAUCGUGCACAUGAGUAACUACUGUGGGAUUGGCAUCGACGCAGAGCUAAGCCUGGACUUCCACCAGGCACGAGAGGAAGAGCCCGGCAAGUUCACGAGCAGGUUCCACAACAAGGGCGUGUACGUGCGGGCUGGGCUGCAGAAGAUGAACCGCUCCCGCGGCCUGCACAGGGCCCUGCGGCUGCAGGCGGGGCGGCAGGAGGUGCAGCUGCCCAGCAUCGAGGGGCUCAUCUUCAUCAACAUCCCCAGCUGGGGCUCGGGGGCCGACCUGUGGGGCUCCGAGAGUGACUCGAGAUUCGAGAAGCCACGCAUGGACGACGGGCUGCUGGAGGUGGUGGGGGUGACGGGCGUCGUGCACAUGGGUCAGGUCCAGGGUGGGCUGCGCUCCGGCAUCCGCAUCGCCCAGGGGUCCUACUUCCGUGUCACCCUCCUCAAGGCCGCACCUGUGCAGGUGGACGGUGAGCCCUGGGUCCAGGCUCCCGGGCACAUGAUCAUCUCGGCCGCAGGCCCGAAGGUCCACAUGCUCAGGAAGGCCAAGCAGAAGCCCAGGAAGGCGGGGACCCCCAAGGAUGUGCGAGCAGAUGGGGCGCCUGCCCCUGAGGGGGACUCCAAGUAGAGGCGGCUCCUGGAGCAGCGCUCGCUGGUGGAUGUGCUCGCCCACAGCCCUGCCCUUGGGUGUUUCCCUCUUGUCCCGUCCCCGUGCCACACACAAGUGCUGGGUGGCCUUCGUCCCAGUGAUGGGUGGGCACGGGGCUCUCUGGGGCCCGGGCCACUGUCCUGGAGGGCACACACUCCUCCCCAGGUCCCUCUGCCACCUCUGACCCCUUCAGCCAGGCAGUGCUGCGCCUCACCUCAUGCCCCUUGGGCUGGCCCCCUGGAGGCUCCUACAGGGCAACUGGCUCUCUGGACCCUGGGGUUGCCCAGCACAGACACGGGACACCCUGGCCACUAGCUCUUUGGCCUCACCUCUCCACCGAGGGCUGUCCUGGGGGACGUGCCUCUCCAGGCCCGGGUGGUGUCUGGCCGGCCCAGUCGGAAGCUGGCUGGUGGCCCCGGAGUGACAGGGCUGGGAUGGGAGGGCCCCGAGGAGGCCAGGUGGUGCCCAGGAGGUAGCAGGAGCCUGGCUGGGGGCCCAGAGGAAGUGCGGAGAGCGUGCGGAAGAGCGGGGGCGGCUUCAAUCAGCAAGGCCGACGCGGCACAUGACCAUCGCGGCGCUCGGCCUCCCAUUUGCCGACAGUCAGCACACGGGUGCCGUGCCCGCUGCUGGGCAGACGGGACUCGUAUGAUCUCCGUGCGUCUCCACGCGGAGACCUGGCGAAACAGGAUGCAAACGUGGCUGUCUGGCGGGCCACUCGCAGAGCCCCUACCACAGAGCCCCAGAGUUUAGCCGGCCCAGAGUCUCGACCUGGUCCCCAGAAGAGCCCGACCCCAGCUGCCUGGGAGCCCCCAAAGCCCCAGAGAAGGGUCCACGAGCCCCUCUCCUGAUGGCCUGGUCUCUUUGCCUUUGGCGCUGUCUUGCCGCUGGGCCCUCGCACCCUGGGUGGUGGCCUCACCCUGACAUUCGGCCCCAACCUCGGACAUGGCCUGCCCAGCCCCGUACCCGCCAAGCUCGUGCCAAAACUGUCCAGACACGUGCAUCGGAACAGCCGUGGGUGGCGGCCCAUCCUCGCCACGUGCCUCUGGUAGCCGCUGUGUGUCCCCAGGUCUGCGUCCCCGGGGAUGGCAUCAGCUUCUGCUUUGCGGGCCCCGUUGGUCAAUGUGGACCGUCUUGUAAAUUUUGGUUCAGGUGAACGUGUCCUCUGUGCGUGCGUGAGUGACUCUGUGUGCCCGGAGGGGCUGCGUGGGCUCUGCACCGCCCCCCCCCUCAUUUGUAACUUAUCACCUAAAGGUGACCGUAAUUUAUAUGUGGGACAAAUACAGUCUGGGCGUCCUGUC